AUGGAUGAUGAAUUAAAUGUAACAUAUAUUACAAUUGGUGGGUAUGUAAAAGUAAACAAAUACAGAUAUGUUUAUUUUCUAAUCAUGUUUACAGUAUAUAUUCUAAUCAUCUGCUGUAAUUCUACUAUUGUGUCUCUUAUUGUGAUCCAUCAAAACCUUCAUGAGCCUAUGUACAUUUUCAUUGCAGCUUUGCUACUGAACUGUGUUCUUUACAGCACUACUGUUUACCCAAAACUUCUCAUUGACUUCCUAUCAGAAAAACAGAUCAUAUCAUAUUCAGCCUGUGUCUUGCAACUUUUUACAUUUUACUUUUUUGGCAGUUCAGAGUUUUUACUCUUGGCAGCCAUGGCCUAUGACAGGUAUGUGUCUAUAUGUAAACCUCUGCAAUAUCCAACUAUCAUGACAAAAAACACAGUGAGGAUUUUGCUGAUUCUAUCUUGGUUUGUAUCUGCUUGCCAUAUUGCAGUCCCAGCAAUAAUAAGUGCUGAAACUAAACUGUGUAACUUUACUUUAAAAGGAAUAUUUUGCAACAAUACAAUUUUCCAGCUCCACUGUGUAAGAUCAAGAUUACUCACUAUAUAUGGUGUGGUUGCUUUAAUAGAUCUCGUAAUACUCCCCAUGUUGUUCAUAAUUUGUACAUAUAUAAAGAUAAUUAUAAUAUCUUAUCAAAGUUGUAGAGAAGUCAGAAAAAAAGUUGCAGAGACCUGUUUACCUCAUCUGUUGGUUUUAAUUAGUUUUUCCUGUUGGAGUGCUUAUGAUGUCAGUAUAGCUCGAGUGGAAUCCAACUUUCCAAAAAUUGCACACUUAGUAAUGACCCUACAAAUAGUUCUCUAUCAUCCCUUGUUUAAUCCACUCAUCUAUGGGUUGAAAAUGAAAGCAAUUUCUAAACACCUCAGAAGGCUGUUCUGUACAGCCAAAAUCAUCUGA